GUCACAGCCUCCUGCUCCUCUGCUCCCUUCUCCCGCGCCGCCGGCCGCAGUCGUCGAACCACCGCCGCUCCCGAGAUGGCCCCGAAGAAGGAGAAGGCCCCGCCGCCGUCGUCCAAGCCGGCCAAGUCUGGCGGUGGCAAGCAGAAGAAGAAGAAGUGGAGCAAGGGAAAGCAAAAGGAGAAGGUGAACAACGCGGUGCUGUUCGACCAGGCCACGUACGACAAGCUGAUCACCGAGGCGCCCAAGUACAAGCAGAUCACGCCUUCCGUCCUCUCUGAGAGGCUUCGGAUCAAUGGUUCCCUGGCACGCAGGGCUAUCAAGGAUCUUGAGGAGCGUGGCCUCAUCCGCAUGGUUUCUAUUCACUCAAGCCAGCAGAUCUACACCCGUGCAACCAACACUUAGGGUGUGGUGUUGUUACUCUUUAUCAUCGAUGGCCUGUGUCUGUGAUCCAAGUCUACUUUAGAAUCGUUUAUCUUCUAUCAAGUUCGCUAAUGUUUUGUUGAACGAGGCACUUCAGCAUUUGAAAGAUUUUGAAUGUGAUUGAGUACUGUGCUGGUUUGUCUUUUA